GAGUAUCUUCGGAUACUCUGACUAAGAUACAUACUAUACUAGGUUACAAUGUAUCAAGAUGUUCUUUACCUAUUUACAUCUGAGCAAGAUGUGGUAUACUAUACUAGAUUACACAUCUGUGCUGAAAUGUCUUUCUCUUGUUUCUCUCAAAGGGAAAUGGAAGAAGAUUGUGAUUGGGGUCCUCUUCCUCAUCUCCCUCAUCCUACUGGGCAUCACUAUCUGGCAAAGAGACAAGGUCAACAGAGUUGACUCUCUGAUGCAAGAACAGGAGGAAAAGAUUCGUGCCGAAGAGCAAAAGAAACGAGAGGACUUGGAGAAAGAGCUGGGAGAUGCCAAGCAAGAGCGGGACAAGCUGAAGACGCAACUGGAAGAUGCCAAGUGGAUGCUGGGAGAUGCCAAGCUGGAGCGGGACAGCCUGAAGUCACAACUCGGAGAUGCCACAAAGCAGCUGGGAGAUGCCAAGAACGAGCUGGGAAAUGCCUUGGAGGAACGGGACAAGCUGAAGAUUCAGCUGAGCGAUACCAAGUGGGUCUUGGCAGAUUUCAAGCAAGAGGGGGACAGCCUGAAGUCACAACUCGGAGAUGCCACAAAGCAGCUGGGAGAUGCCAAGAACGAGCUGGGAAAUGCCUUGGAGGAACGGGACAAGCUGAAGAUUCAGCUGAGCGAUACCAAGUGGGUCUUGGCAGAUGUCAAGCAAGAGGGGGACAAGCUGAAGACGCAGUUUCGAGAUGCCACAUGGGAGCUGAGAAAUGCCAAGUCGACCCUGGAGAAGCUGAAGACGCAGCUGGGAAAUGCCCAGCAAGCACGGGAAGAUGCCAAGCAGAAACUGGGAGAUGCCAAGCAGCAGCUGGGAGAUGCCUAGAGGGAGCUGGACAAGCUGAAGGCGCAGUGCAACGCCGGGCAGAUGGCGAGCAGCAGCCCCAUGGCUAUUGGGCUUCUCAUCUUAUUCCUGCUAGUAGUGCUCCUAGGUAGUGCGGGGGCCCUAAGCCAUCCGUGCUGAACAAUGCCUCGCUUUAGAAUAGGGACCCUUAUUCCACAUCUGUUUUCACACUGUUCAGGGUUUGUUCACACUGUGUGUCGGGAGCUUAUAGGCCUACAUAUUGUAUUCUGACACUUACUACUUACUAAUGAAGAGAAAUAUAGGCUUACUGGUCCUUAGUAAGGUUAUAUUGGUAAUAAAUCCUUAAUUGUGCAUGAACAAGACAUUUGCGAAUACAUACCUAACAAAUGUUUGAAAAACUUUCAGACUUUUUACAUGGAAUAACUGAAAAAUAUCAGGCGUAGUUUUUGUUUUAUUUGUAACCAUCACUGUAACCAAUGACAUGCAACUGCGGAAAUUUGUAGGGUGUAGAAUGUAGAAUGUGUAGGGACAGGCUCAUGGCUGCUUUGCUGUGUUUUUAUUUUUCAUUUAGAUUACGAUUUCACUCUCUCUUAUGCUUUCUUUCUAUACAAGACACAUUUAUGGGAUAGCAAAGUGUCCUGUGAAGUAUGUAUGUGUGAAUGGGAUAGAAUAAAAAGCUGUUAUUGUCAUUAUGACAGAUUUGUGAAUAAGUGACUUAAGGCAUGCAUGGCAGUUUAUUUAUCUAUGUCAUGAUUCAUCUGUAUUUGUGUAUAGCCAUCUCUGGUGUCAUUAUGUACAUAGGUACAUGUGUAAGUGAGGCUACGUGCCCACGACAACGAUAAUGAUAGAGGUAAAUGUAGAACAUUUCCACAGAUGUGCCUAUCAUGCCCACGGCGUGUUCUUAAGCUCAAAACGCAGAAAACACAAACGCUUGCCAAAGUGAAGAUCUUGAAAGCGGUCCAACCUGUCGUCGCCGUUGGAACGAGUGCACAUGUUUUUUCUUAGCACACGCACCUGGAAGGAAUAUAAUGUAAUAUUCACUCUGAAUAUCCUAUAGAUAUGAGCGUUGCUAUGUGUGUCCAUGGGUAGUAUUAGACAGAUAUCCACCCUCAAACGCCCGUGGGCACGCAGAUAAAUUGUGGAGAAAAAAAAGCACUUCUGCGUUUAUGACUUAGACCGUUGUCGUGGGCACGUAGCCUAAGUGAAUGUCUGUGAUGCUGAAGAAGGUAGGCAACUAUGCCGGUGGAGUACGUGCGUGCGUGCAGUAACUGCUUAGAUAAAGGAUGGCGGACACUGGAGGAAGGAAGAGAACUCUGAGUCUUCAGUAAAAGAUGGAAAGACUGGCUGCUUGCACACACACACACACACACCAACGAUAGAUUAGAUAUGAGAACUGUGUGUGUCUGUAAUAUGCUUACUAUAAAGACCUGUUGUAUGCAAGAAUGAUUUAGUUCUGAUCAUGCGAAUCGAUGGCCUG